AUGGGCUACGGUCUCUGUUCGUUCUGCUGCCCCUGCAUCCAGUUCGGCCGAAACGUGGAGUCGCACGACAGCACACUGCCCUGCGCCGGGUGCUGUCUGUGCGGUCUCACCUGCCUCGUGUGCACCACCUGGUGGCCGGUCUCCGGCGGCAUCGGUCCGUCCUGCCUCAUCCUCCAGAACCGCAUCAACAUUAGACGCGAGCUCGACUACAGGAGAGACGACUGCGUGGACUUCAUGAAGGUGGUGUGCUGCACGCUGUGCGUCAUCGCCCAGGACGGCCGCGAGUUGAAGAACCACGGCAGGCGAAGCCGCCACCACUAG